GCACCCUGUGCCCUGGGCCACCCACCAAGUCUUCUUCCAGCCAGGACCAGCGAGGGAGCCAGGGAGCCAGGGCCCCCUCGACUCUGCCCCUGAAACUGGACUGGGCUCGCCUGACAACGGCUUGAGAUCCAGGCUUGGACCUGGGUCUGUCCCUGCCAGAAAUCCAUGCCGAAUUCCCUCACGGAUGGCCAGGUCCCCCCCCUGACUCUGGACACAGUUGGCCUGGUGGACCGGAGUCUGGGAAAUGCAGGGACCUCUGGUUCUGCCCCAGUCUUGGAAGAGGGGGAAAUGGACCCCUGGGCCCUCCCUCAGCUGAAGGACACUGGCCAGUCCUGGACAGAGCUCAGCGUGGCCGGCAGGGUCCUCCGGGUGGUCAUUGGCUUCCUCAAGGCCUGUGGGCUCCUGGGCAACCUCUAUCUUUUCAUCUGCUCCCUGGACAUCCUCAGCUCUGCCUUCCAGCUGCUCAGCAGCAAAAUGACUGGAGACAUCUUUAAGGACAACGUGGUGCUGUCCAACCCUGUGGCUGGACUGGUCAUUGGCGUGCUGGUCACAGUUCUGGUACAGAGCUCCAGCACGUCCUCCUCCAUCGUGGUCAGCAUGGUGGCCUCCAAAUUGCUGACCGUCCAGGCGUGUGUGCCCAUCAUCAUGGGCGUCAACGUGGGCACGUCCAUCACCAGCACCCUGGUCUCGAUGGCACAGUCAGGGGACCGGGAUGAGUUUCGGAGGGCCUUUGGCGGCUCGGCCGUCCAUGGGAUCUUCAACUGGCUCACGGUGCUGAUCCUGCUGCCUCUGGAGAGCGCCACAGCCCUGCUGGAGAGGCUCAGCGCCGUGGCUCUGGGCGCCAGCAACCUGCAGCCUGGGGGGCAAGCACCCGACAUCCUCAAGGUGCUCACAAAGCCUCUCACACACCUGGUUGUGCAGCUGGACACUGAUAGGAUUGCAAGCAGUGCUACAGGCAAUGCGACCAACAGCAGCCUCAUUAAGCAAUGGUGCGGCACCAGGGAGGUGAUGACUCCGUGGAACAGCAGUGACUGUGGAGUGCUCACCUCCGGCCCCUGCCCUGAGAACAACAGCUCUGUCCUGGUGGAGCAUCUGCCCUGCCACCACCUGUUCACGGGGACUGUGCUCACGGACCUGGCCGUGGGCUGCAUCCUGCUGGCGGCCUCCUUGCUCCUGCUCUGCACCUGCCUCGUGCUCAUUGUUAAGCUGCUCAACUCUGUGCUGCGUGGCCGUGUGGCCCAGGCCGUGCGGAAGGUCAUCAACGCUGACUUCCCCUUCCCGUUCAGCUGGCUCAGCGGCUACCUGGCCAUCCUUGUGGGCGCCGGCCUGACCUUCGUGCUGCAGAGUAGCAGUGUCUUCACCGCGGCCAUUGUGCCGCUCAUGGGGGUCGGGGUGAUCAGCCUGGAGCGGGCGUACCCUCUCUUCCUGGGCUCCAACAUGGGCACCACCACCACAGCCCUGCUGGCUGCCCUGGCCAGCCCCGCGGACAUGCUGCUCAGUGCCCUCCAGGUGGCCCUCAUCCACUUCUUCUUCAACCUGGCCGGCAUCCUGCUGUGGUACGUGGUGCCCAUCCUGCGGCUGCCCAUCCCGUUGGCCAAGCGCUUCGGGGACCUGACGGCCAACUACCGCUGGGUGGCCAUUGCCUACUUGCUGCUCAGCUUCCUGCUGUUGCCCCUGGCAGCCUUUGGGCUCUCCCUGGCAGGGAGCACGGUGCUGGCUGCAGUCGGGGGACCCCUGGUGGGGCUGGUGCUCCUCCUCAUCCUGAUCAAUGUCCUGCAGCGGCACCGGCCAGCCUGGUUGCCCCACCGUCUGCGGUCCUGGGCCUGGCUCCCACUCUGGCUCCGUUCUCUGGAGCCCUGGGACCGCCUGGUCAGCUGCUGCUGCCCCUGCAGGGUGUGCAGCCCCCCUCAGGCCGCUGCCAAGGAGGCCCACUGCUAUGAGAACCCUGAGGUCCUGGCCUCCCAGCAGUUGUGAAGGGGGGGCACCCCCAUUUCACUGACUCCUGGGUGCCCUGGGGGAUCCCAGAAGCAGAAGA